AUGACCCGUUCCGUCCCCAUCAGCGUCAAAGUGGUGGCGGCCGAGAGCUUGUACAAGCGUGACGUUUUCAAACAGCCAGAUCCUUUCGCUGUCAUUACCAUUGAUGGUGCUCAAACUAAAACCACCAAGACGGCGAAAAAAACCUUGAAUCCAUACUGGAACGAACUGUUCACGUUUAACGCCACAGAGAAUCUGAUACUAGUGAUCCAGGUGUUUGAUCAGAAAAAGUUCAAAAAGAAGGAUCAGGGCUUUUUAGGGGUGGUCAAUAUCCGCAUCGGUGAUGCCAUAGAUUUAUCUGUGCCCAAUUCUGAAGAAACUAUUACCCGUGACUUAAAGAAGAGCAACGAGAACUUGGCAGUGAGUGGCAAAAUAAUCGUGGUGAUUUCCCAUAAGGGAUCUGCCACCAACGGUCUGGUGGCACCCGCACCGGCACCGGCGCUGUCAUCGUCUCGCUCCGAGCCCCCAGCGGCAUCAGCAAUGUCGGAACGCCUGGCGGCCGCGGCGUCUUCUACCACUGCUGCCACUCCGUCAUCGCAACAGACACGACAAUUUUCUUCGUUUGAGGACCAAUACGGACGGUUACCCCCAGGAUGGGAGCGCCGUACCGAUAAUUUUGGUCGUACAUACUACGUCGACCACAAUCUGCGCACCACCACUUGGCAGCGGCCGGCACUUGACGAACUGGAAAGCGACCGUGGGAUUCAGCGGCAAAAUGCAACAGAAGCCGAACGCCGUCAACACCGUGGCCGUACUUUACCGGGAGAAUCUCUGAGCCAGGCGCUGACUCCCAACUCCCAAAAUGGCCCCACUAUCCUGCUGACAACGGGAAAUGUCACCGUCAACCUGACCGGAGGGCAAGCACCGGUGCUGCCCGCUGCGGCAAUCUCAUUAGCAGCCCUGGGAGCCACGACGCUGGGUCUUGGUGAAUUGCCGUCGGGAUGGGAACAACGGUUCACCAAUGAAGGUCGCCCAUAUUUUGUUGAUCACAACACUCGUACCACAACUUGGGUUGACCCUCGUCGUCAACAAUACAUCAGAACGUUUGGCCCCAAUACCACAAUCCAGCAACAGCCAGUCUCACAAUUGGGCCCGUUACCGUCCGGGUGGGAGAUGCGUCUCACGAACACUGCUCGGGUGUACUUUGUUGACCACAACACGAAGACCACGACGUGGGAUGACCCGCGAUUGCCAUCGAGUUUGGAUCAAAACGUUCCACAGUACAAGCGUGACUUCCGCCGGAAGGUUAUUUACUUCCGUUCGCAACCAGCAUUGCGUAUUUUACCGGGUCAGUGCCACAUUAAAGUUCGACGCGACCAUAUCUUUGAAGAUUCGUACCAGGAAAUUAUGCGUCAAACGCCGGAAGAUCUCAAGAAGCGCUUGAUGAUCAAGUUCGACGGAGAAGAAGGUUUGGAUUAUGGUGGGGUUUCUCGAGAAUUUUUUUUCUUGUUGUCACAUGAUAUGUUCAACCCAUUUUACUGCUUAUUCGAGUAUUCUUCACACGAUAACUAUACUCUUCAGAUCAACCCGAACUCGGGUAUCAACCCUGAGCAUUUGAACUAUUUCAAGUUCAUUGGUCGUGUGGUUGGGUUGGGUGUAUUCCACCGUCGUUUCUUGGAUGCGUUCUUUGUGGGAGCGUUGUAUAAGAUGAUGUUGCACAAAAAAGUGGUAUUGUCCGACAUGGAAGGGGUCGAUGCCGAGUUUUACCGGUCGCUUAAAUGGAUUCUCGAAAAUGACGUUACUGUAUUAGAACUUACCUUCUCGGCUGAAGACGAGCGUUUUGGUGAGGUGGUUGAGGUUGAUCUCAAACCUGGCGGCAGAGAUAUCGAGGUUACUGAGGAAAAUAAGCAUGAAUACGUUGAGCUCAUCACCGAGUGGAAAAUUUCUAAACGUGUGGAAGAGCAGUUUAAGGCUUUCAUUGAUGGGUUUAAUGAGUUGAUUCCACAGGAUUUAGUUAAUGUGUUUGACGAGCGUGAGCUUGAGUUAUUAAUCGGUGGGUUGGCUGAUAUUGAUUGUACCGACUGGAAGAAGCAUACCGAUUAUAGAGGAUACCAAGAGAACGACCAGGUUAUCCAGUGGUUCUGGCGGUGCAUUAAAGAGUGGGACUCAGAACAGAAAGCUCGUCUUUUACAAUUCACUACCGGUACGUCGCGGAUCCCUGUUAAUGGAUUCAAAGACUUACAAGGUUCCGACGGUCCUAGAAGAUUUACUAUCGAAAAGGCGGGUGAGCCCAACCAGCUUCCUAAGUCCCAUACUUGUUUCAAUCGGGUUGACUUGCCUCCGUAUACUGAUUAUGAGACUUUGAAGCAGAAGUUGACUCUCGCAGUGGAGGAGACCGUGGGCUUUGGCCAGGAAUAG